AUGCCAGUUUGUGAAAGUGGAACAGCAAGUCCAUCCAAGCUUGAGGAAAUAAUUAUCGAGCUUAUGCUGUUCACAAUGCCGAGAUUUUCGAUCUUAAAAACGAGAACCAGAAGCUCAGUAAGGAACUUAGGAGUAGAAAAAGUCAGUAUUGCGAAAGUGGAACAGGAUUCUUCGGUGGUGGAUGUAUUCCAGUAUCCCGAGGAUUCACUCCCAUCACGUGAUAUAAAACCUGUUAACAUUGUUAACGAGUUUUCCGAAAACUCGAAGUUGACACACAAGAUAGAAGAAACGGACAUAGUAACCUAUUUCACAAAUCUCAAGAAGCUCGCCAAUCUAUUCUACCAAGCAAAUAAUGCAAAGAAGAGUACGAUCAAAUCAAAGCGAACAGAAAUUUCAUCUUGGUGUUGUUACUCUGAAAGAUUCGAAGACAAGGUCAUGGAGCUUAGGUCUGAUAAAAAACUUACGGAUCAGACCACAUAUAAUGAAAUGAAACCAUUUCUUACAGGUGUUUCAGAUGGUCAUGUAUCCGAAGAGGAUGCACCAGCAGAAGAAAGAACGGAUGAAGUGGUGUGUGCUGAGGAAGAGUACUUGACGUCUUUGGGAGUUCUCGAUGAGGACGUCGAUAUUAAGAUAUUCUGGGGAGGAGGAAAUACUUUAAUAAACCGCAACCGCAUAGAAGUAGCGAGGUUAAAAGCGAUUAAGGCCAUUAACGACGUUGAGGAUAUUAAGAUAUUCGAUGACGACUUCUUUUCCGACGAACUUAUUGACUCGAAUCACCCGAUCAACGCUAGAACAGAAAGGGUCCCAGAGGGACCAAGAAUCUCGGUACAGCAUUCCUUCCUCAAAUUAACAGAAGAAAAACUCGAACGUUAUGGCAUGGAAGGAGGGCCUGCAACAGUUCUUGUAGAAUUCAUUGAAGGCCUCUACGAAACUAUUCCUCGCUUAAGACUCUCGACGACUUGA